GCAUCGUUAUGGUAUUGGUUCUGCUAGUGCGUCGGUCGUAUUACAUCGCAUGCGACGGCUGCAUCAACUGCUAGGAGGACCAGUCUGGACGCAGCAGUCGUUUUUCGGUAGUGUUUGGAGAUAUUGUUUUUGUUUUAUAAUUCCUUGGUUUUAUAUAAUAAUACAAAAGAUGAGUGGUAAGAAACACUUCUCCCGUGAUGAGAAAAUGGUACUAAUUGAAUUAGUGUCAUUUCACAAAUGUUUGUAUGACAGUUCGGAUAAAAAGUUUAAAGACAAUAUUGCCAAAGAUAAUGUGUGGAAAGAAAUAGCAUCUCACAUUGAGGGUAAAACAGAUGAUGAAUGCAAAAAGAAAUUCGCGAUACAUACAAGAGACUAAAAAGGAGUGUCAAAUUAGGAACUGGAUCAUCAGCAGCAGUAAAGCGCAAAAAUUGGCCUCUGUUCGAUUACCUUUCUUUUUUUGAAACGGUUUCAGAGGAAAGAAGUACGAUAUCCAACGUAGAGAAAGAGUCACAGGAAAGCAAUGAGAAGGCGAUUUCUGAUGCAGACCAUAAUUUGGUAGGAGAAACGCAAAGUACAAUUCUACAAUUCAAACAUUCUAUUGCCACGCCGUCAACGUCCAGUGUGGCAAGUACCUACACCCCUGUCAGAGCCCAUAAGAGAAAAAUGGCUGACAACAUUUCAAAAUUACUUGAAGAGAACAAAAAGGCCAGAGAGAAAAUCGUCGAAAAAUUUCUGGAUAAAACCAAUAUUCCUCAAGAAGACGAUGUAGAUGUGUUAAGUGUCAAACGACUUCCCCCGCAUUUAAUCGCAAAAGCAAAACUUCGACAUUUAGAAACUGCGAAUGAGUUACAAUUGCUAGCUAGCAUCUCAACCAAAGGAUUUACCUUAACAGCAAAACAGGUCUUCAUUAAAUAGCUGUGAAGAGUUGCAAUGGCAAGGUAUAAUAAUAAUCAGGAUCAAUACGACCAAUUACGAUAUCUUAAUUUAGAUUAAAGUUAAAGCGUAUCUGUUAUUUGUCAUAAAAAAAUAAAUAUUUUUUCAUUUACCUUAA